UUACAAAGGUCAGCACCAUUAUCACUAUAAACUCUCUCCUCUUUGACAUAGUUUUAUUUCUCGUUCCUUUUUCUUUUUCGUUUGCUUUGCUUUUACGCUUUGAGUAUCAGUAGCUACGUGUGUUUUCCACUUUUUUUAAGCAUAAUAAAGUGUUGAAACACACUCACACAUGUGCAAUGUUGAGCUUUGUUCGGAUCUCAAACCAAAACCAAACAAAAACCCUAAGUCCAACUCAAGAAUCCAAUGUAAUGUCUUCAUGUUUUGCUUUAGUCAACUACUAAUACUAUACUACUGUAGAGCUUCUUUUUCUUUUGCUUUUCUCUUUUUUAUAGUGUCAACGCCACAGAGAGCUCAUAUUUACAACUCAGGACGAACCUUCCUACUCCCCUUCAUUCACUGCUCUGCAAAUCUUGCCCUUUUGCUUUUUUCUCUUUAUAUUUUUGUUUGGAUUUGUCAUUAAGUCCUUGUAUUUAAGACCCACCAAAUCACUAACCAAAAUCUUGCUCCCUGUUUCAGUACCAGAUUAUUAAGCAAGUUGAUACUUUGAAGUUCUAAAUUAAUCCCAUGGAGAACUAUGAUUCUUGGGCUAUGGUGCCAAGUAGAAAAAGAAAGUUCCAAUUGGAAGAUGAUGAAGGCUUGCCGAAUUUCGGCAUGGAUGAUCUCAAUCAAGACAUGCUUGAAAAGAUUUUAUCUUGGCUUCCCACUUCGUCAUUCUUUCGCCUUAGAUCGGUAUGCAAGAGAUGGAAGUCGGUAGCGGAUUCUAAUAGUUUUAGGUUGGCCUGCUCCGAGAUUCCUUCAAGAGAUCCAUGGUUUUUCAUGGUUGAUGCUGAUCUUAACAAAUGGACUGUUUUUGACUCUGCUGAAAAAAGUUGGAAGAAACUUGAUCAGCCAUCUCUUUGUCAGCAGAACUCUGAUUUCAUGCCUGUUGCAGCUUCCGGUGGCUUAGUCUGCUUCCGCGACGAAUCAGGUGGCUUAAUUGUGUGUAAUCCUGUGACAGGAUCCUCCCGUGAACUCCCUCGUGUACUUCCAGAUUCGGAAGCUAGAUCCCUUCAUGCUAUUGCAAUGACUACAUGUUCAGAUGAUCAGCAGUCUUAUAAGCUUGUAUUAGUAUCUGGUGAGCUACCAAAACUGUCGUGCAAAAUUUAUAAUUCAAGCACUAAUUGCUGGGAAGAUGAUAUUUGUUUGAAAAGGAAAGCUGACGAGUCUCAAGAAUUCGACUCAAACGAUGAUAAUGCUGUCUACUUCCUCAGUAAGGCAGGAAAUGUUGUGGCAACAGAUAUGCAAAGAAGUCCGUCGAAGCAGUACUCAUCGGUAAUGACCGUUAAAGAUGGAGAGGAAAUAGCUUAUUUCCUUAGCGCAUCAGGCACAAUCGUAGCUUGCAAUCUGACGCGUAAACUCUUCUUUGAGUACCCUAGGCUAUUGCCUGUCUUUCACGAGUACUCAAUCGAUGUAGUAGAGUGCCAAGGAGAAAUGCUAGUCGUAUUGCUAUCCGAAUUUUUGGGAAGUGCAAGCCUAAGAGUGUGGAGGUUCGACGAAGAUAGCCGAUCCUGGCGACAGAUUGCAGCAAUGCCUCCAUCAAUGUCGCACGAAUUCUACGGCAAGAAGAUGGAUAUAAACUGCGUCGGAGCCGGUGAUCAGAUAUUUAUCUGCUUAAAUUCUGUGGAGUUCUUCAGUUACAUAAUAUGUAAUUUGAGGAAUAAUGAUUGGAUUGAAGUGCCUAAGUGCAUUAAGAAUGGUGAAGCUGUGGAGUUCAUGUCUGCCUUCUCAUUUGAGCCGAGGAUUGAAGCUUUAGUAUGAGAAAUUCUUAUAUUCUUUUGCAGAUUAGAGAUGUGUUGAUGAUUGUAAUUGUUGUUCAUGAUUAUUUGUUUUCUAUUCCUUUUUUUGUUUCUGAUUUGUUGUUUGUAUUGCUUAUAUUCUUUUUAUGAUUAGAUUGUAAGAAUUUGACAAUGGAAAAUUUUCUUUUAUUUAUUUGAUAUAACACCAUCUAGCAGACUUUGGUUUCCUUU